GGAAAUCUGAGUGCUGAUUCAUAAGCAGCCUCCUGCUGCUGCUGGGAAGUCCCUUUCUAAGGGCUUCCCUGGAAGUGUCCAUGUCCCUGUCUUUGGCAGGAAGAUGAGUUCCCUCUGCCUAUGCCAAAAUCUCUGCCUGUGUCAUGGGACCCAUGCUGGUGGCAGGCCUGUCUCCCAGCGAACUGUCUCAAAGUCUCUCUGGAGGAAGGAGACUCACUCACACUAGACCAGACUAACACGGCUACAUAUCUAUUACUAAGUUUUCCCCCAGUUUCACUUUCAGUGCUGGGACUUGUUUUGGGAUUGGCUAGUGACUCAGCCUGUGGCGCUGCUGUGCGGCUCCUCACCGGAACGACUGCAGAAAUGAGGAAGUGAUGGAUCACUGCACAGGCAGGAGCGUUCCGGGCAGCCAGUGGCGAGGCAGCUCUCCUGCGAGCCGAACACCUGGGAGGAGCUGCAUCCCAGCCGGGAGAGGGGCCAGGGAGCGAGCCCGCCCAUUGCUGACGCCAGCCCCUAGCCAGUGCCUGUGGAAGAACCAGCCACUGAGUAAACGAUGCCAAAAGCUGUUGUGAUCACGGAGCAGCCGGACUCCGCCUCCGUCCCUGCUGGUUACUCCCUCACGCUGCGGUGCCGGGCCGCGGCCUGCACCACCCCACGGUACCAGUGGUUCUACCAGCACCAGGCUGCUUGCUGCCCGAUUGCUGGGGCCACGGAGCCAGAUUUGCUCAUCACGGCAAGGGAAACCCGCCUCUACAUCUGCCGAAUCAACGACCUGCACAAAAACGUCGCCUUCUCAAACUGGGUGAGAGUAGAGGUCCACCAGCAUGUUGGCAAAGGCCUGCUCCCUGUGCCAUGGCAAGGAGAACCAGUCAUAGUCCUGAACCCCACCGCGCCAGAGGUGAAGGUGGGCAAGCCGCUCCUGCUGCAGUGUGCCGCACUGGGGGUGCCAGCCCCACACUACCAGUGGUACCACAAUGGGAUCCCCAUGAAGCAUCAGAAGAAGAAACUCUUGAUCAGCUCGGCGAAGCUCGGUGACGCUGGCACGUACCUGUGCUGUGCGGCCAAUGGCCACGGAGAGCACUGGACGGAUGCCCUGGAGAUCCACGUGGGUCUGGGGCUGGCAGAUCCGUUUGUGGCAACUGACAAGGUGGCGCUCUUGGUGGGGAACAACCAUUACUGGAACCACCCUCACCUGAUGGCCCCCGUCACGGAUGUGUUUGAGCUCCGCCUCCUCCUCAAGCGACUGGGCUUCCGGGUGGUCUCUCUCCUGGACCUGAACAAGGCUGAGAUGCUGUCAGCUGUCAGCCGGUUCCUGCAGCUCCUAGGGAAAGGAGUCUAUGCCGUAUUCUACUACGCCGGGCACGGAUAUGAACAUUCUGGGAGAAACUACAUGGUCCCCAUUGAUGCCCCGCAGCCCUAUGCCCCCGAGAAUUGCAUCAGCGUGCAGAGGAUCCUCCAGAAGAUGCAGCAGCGGCAGACGGCCCUCAACCUCAUCCUGCUGGACACCUGCAGGAAGUGGUACAACCCGCAGUGUGCGCUGUCACAGGUGCAGCCGCUGGAGCCCUGGGGGAACACGGUUUAUGGCUAUGCCACGAGCGAAGAUGCAGAAGCCUACGAAGUGCAGGAUGGGGAGCUCAGCUCUGGGAUCUUCAUGAAGUAUCUGAAAAGACACAUUCUGCAGGAAAAGAAAGUGACCCAUAUGCUGGAGGAUGUUCUGGAAGACAUUGGCCGGGACCCCUUGGUAACUGGGAAGCAGGUGAUGGAGAUCAAGCACACCCUGAAGGAAGCCCGGGCACUGACAGACCCCGUCUGCACGGCUGGACCAGCUGUGGAGCUCUGGGGACACAGCCAUGAGCUGCUCAAGGAGACCCUGACUUUCCCGUGCGGCGUCCAGGUGGAGCUCCGGUGCCAGGAGGUUUUCUCCAACGUAAUGCACGUCAGCGCGAAGCUACGGGCUCCCCCCCCGCACGUCACUGACGUCCGCCUCCUGCUCUGCAGGCCCACGGAGGUGCAAGAACCGGCCGUGCUGAGCAACAGCCCGUCUGACCGGGUGGCGUCGCUGCUGGUUUCCUUCUGCGAGCAAGAGGAAUGGGACUGCGUGCUCUGGCUCCACGGCCUGCAGAAAAUUCAGACGGACUUGCUGCUGCAGCUGGAUUUGCAUUACACCCAGCUGGGCACCAAGCAGAGGGCCUGUGAGAGUCUGCAGAAAAUCCUCCAGAAAUCUCUGCUAGCAGAACCGUUCCCCCAGAAAAGCGCGGCAAACCCCUCCUGCCUGGCUGGCCAAGGGGCUGCUGCCACCCUGUGCCCCAAGAGCACCGCUGCUGGGAGUGCAUCCCAGGAGGAGUCCUGCUGUCUGAGAGCAGAGCUCAGACACAGCUGGCAAUCGAGCAGCCGGUCGAACACGGGCAGCGAGCCGGAGGAGAACGACGAAAGUGACCUGAGCGGCCUCUGCUCAGCGCUGCAAAGGGCAGGCCCAGGGCAGGAUGGGCCUUGACAUGUGCGGGAGUUUGUCUCAGUGUAGGCAGGCUGGAUUUCAAGUUCCAAGCUAGACAGCUCCCAUACCCUGCGUUCCAGGCUGAGCUCUCCUCCAGUCUGGGGUGGUCAAAGCUGCUAUUAGGAGGGUUUCUCCUCUCGUCCCAGGAGCGGGGAGUCCGAGCGAACAGUUAUCUGUCUCACAAGCAAAGCUCUAAGCUGUUUAAAACAGGGCCCGUCUGCAGAAGGGAGAUUUUACUGCCCACUGGACAGAGCGACUGACACGAAUCAUCGCAUUCCCCCGCAACAAACGUCACUCGUUGACCGCCAAUGGCGGCAACUGAUUGGCUUUGAGAGUCCAGCUUCCAAAGGCAAAUGUCUACGUUGAGCACUGAAAAACCGACAAGAACUGGUCAGGGAUGAGAUCCAAGGAAGUUGCAGGAAUUGUAGGAGAUGGUCAGUGAAGAGACCCAAGUGCCUCGCAGGCACCGCUGAAACCACAGAUACCAUUGAAAAAGCAAACAGUUCCCUCAACUCUGUCUACAUCUGACAAAGAAUUAACAACUGACGCAUGUAAAGCGGUGUGAAUGCGAAGCUGUGUCCGCUGGGUGUGGGUGUCGAAAUGUUAGGCUUUUCAUCUAUUGGGGACGUGCAACAAACAAUUGUGCAACACAGAUUUGUGUUUCGAAAGGACAGACUCAGUGUCUGUAUUUGGGAUGAUGUUCUCUUGUCUCUAAUCCACGUUCCCAUACAUAUGUUUUGUGUGUAAUUUUAAUGUAUUUUAACAUAUUUAUUACAUUGUUUUUUCCCCAUUUCUCACAUGGGUCAGAGUUAAGGGUUUUAUUAUGUUCUAAUGACAGUGUUUGCCGGAUGCGUCUGACGUAGCUGGAUGCUUUAGCCUGGGUGUCCACUGGCAUCCGAGUGGCUUUAGGGAUCUGUGGGUGAGAUUCCCAAGGGGGACGUAAGCAUCUAACUGCCACAGUCGGUGCCUCGGCCCAACAUUUAGGAACCACUGGCAUUCCCAAAGCUCCUGCCCCGUUGCCAAGUAAUUCUGGAGUUUCCCCUGCCCACAGCUCUGAGGUACCUACAUUUCAGGGGCUGCCUGGGCAGGCACACAGAGCCUGCUUUUCUAUAUUUUUGGAGCCAGAGCCUGACACGUGGUUCUCCCACUUCCCGGGUGGUGCUGUAGUGACUGGCUUAUUGAGUCAUUCUCAUCCUCUGCCCCCGACUAGCCACUCGCUCCCCUGUGUGAUGCCCACCUUGAGUGUUACCAUAUGGAUUCAUUUU